UACACAAAAUGGGGCUAAGAAUGAAACCUGAGUAGUUAUUAUUAUUAUCACAAACUAAGUGAAAAAUAACGAUCAUCUUCGGUAAAAACAAGCACAAGAGUGUAUAGUACAUUUUAGACAAGCAUUGGUAAUUAUUUAGGAUGUCUUUUUCAUUUAUUUUUUGAAAGUUGCUAAUGAUGGUGAAUUUUGAAUGCAAGUGGGGAUUUGGUUCCAGUGUACAGGUCCCAAGUGUUGUGGUGACCGACGACAUUUUAAGAGACGAUGAGGGGGAGGACGUAGUUGGUGACAAUGACGUGUAUCUUGGGUAUUGGGUAUUGGAUUGCAUCUGGUCGCCCACAUUGCCCACAGCAAAAACCAGCUGUGGACAGUGGUAUGGUGGCAGCCUGGGAGGUGGUCAUCCCAGCGAGGGCACGCUGUGUGGAGGUGACUCGCUCAGAUAAACAAACAUGGAUAGGUAGACAGAGACGUCCAAUCCUCCAGGAAGUCAACAGAUCACGCAAGAAUGCCACAGAACACCCGACUUCUGAUCUUUCUUAAGCCGUGUCCACACUAUCAAGCAUGCUUGACGGGCAAGCAGUGAUACCAGAUCCCGUUCCAAUACAUAAACAAGGAGGGUGUCCAGGCCGGGUGCCUGACAUGGCUCCCUCCAGCCGGCUUUCCUGAUGGGUUCCUGCAGCAAAUGCCAUGGGAUUUGUUGUCAGUAGCACUGCAGUAGAGAGGUGAGGCCAGGCAGCAGCAUGAGUGAACAACAGCAGCAGCAGGAGUCUGCCUCAGGUGAGGCAGGCAGCUCUGGCCACAGAGGAGAGAGAAAAUUUUUGUGUCAGCAGUGUGAUAAAAUUUUAGCAUCCAGAGAAGGCCUCAGACUACACACCCUGAGGCACAGAGGUGUUAGAAAUUAUAAGUGUCUGGAAUGUGGAAAGAAAUUUGUCACAAAGUCUGAUCUCAACACACACACCCUGAGGCAUAGUGGUGUUAAGAAUUAUGAGUGUGUGGAAUGUGAAAAGAAAUUCAUCACAAGGUCUGAUCUUGCCAUACACACCCUGACACACAGUGGUGGUAGGAAUCAUGACUGUCUGGAAUGUGGAAAGAAAUUUACCACAAAGUCUAGCCUCACCACACACAGCCUGAUACACAGUGGUAUCAGAAAUCAUGAGUGUCUGGAAUGUGGCAAGAAAUUUACUAAAAAGGGUCACCUCACCAAACACACCCUGAUACACAGUGGUGUGAGAAAUUAUGAGUGUCUUGAAUGUGGAAAGAAAUUCACCACAAAGUAUAAUCUCACCACACACACACUGACACACAGAAGUGUUAAAGAUUAUGAGUGUGAGGAAUGUGGUAAAGAUUUCCUACCAUUGCUAC